UUCAAGAGGCCUACAUUCUAUAGCCAGUGCUCUAUAAUUUCCACCUUACUUACUUAUUUUUACUCAGCUAUCGCUAUGCCAUCUAAAUCAUCAUCAGUUAUGGCAAAGAGACUUGUUUUCUUCGGAGCGGCUCAGGUCGGCAAGUCGGCAAUCAUCAGACGCUUUGUCAGUCAGACUUUCUCAGAGCAAUACAACCAAACCAUUGAAGAUAUGUUUGAGAGGCCCAUCGAUUACGAUGGCAAAGAAGUUAAACUUCAAAUUCUUGAUACCAGUGGCAGCUUUAACUUUCCUGCGAUGCAUCAACUGGCCCUCAACAACGGUGAUAUAUUCGUCGUCGUAUAUUCAACUGACGACAUCUUGUCCUACCACGAAGCCCUUGCAACCUGCGACGAGAUAGCGGAAAAGAGAGGCCCCGGAAUGCCCAUCGUCGUCGUGGCAAACAAGAACGAUCUGGAAAAUAGACAAGUUGGAAAGGCUGAGGCAGAACUUAUGUUUUGUCAAUGGAACACAUAUCACGUAGAAAGCUCGGCCAAAGAAGAGAACUCGAUCGCAGAAAUCUUUACGAGAUGCCUGUCCUUACUAUGUCCCGCUGAUGUCACUUCACCCAAAGAUUCAUCACAGGUCUUUGAACGUAAACGAAGUUUCAGAAGGGCUCUUUCGACACAGCUUCAAUCAACAAUUCACCUUGUCGCAUCAAAGAUGACCCGGGUAUCAAAAUCUCGCAGAGGAUGA